AUGGGCAUCGUCAAGUCAUGUUUCUUUCAAAAGGAUUAUAAGAAAUGGCAAGUUCUCAUUGAUUACAUGUCGUCCGUAGAGAGAGACCAGUUGGCCAAAAACGACAAAGAUCAUGAGAAGAUAAUUCAUGAGUAUAUUAAGAGAAAUCGACAGGUGUCGUACUUCUUCUGGGCGCUCGCGUUCUUCUCUAACUUCAGCAUCUUUACUGAACCCUACCAGAAGAAUCAGAUAAAUGUGAAUGGUACAAGCGGUGAGGCGAGAGGGAGUGUCAGACUCUUACUGGCUACAAACCACCCCGUCCCUUAUCCUACUCCAGACCUUGGCCGCGGUACCUUGUUGAGUUUGCCCCAUAGCCUUGGCUUCAACGUCGACCUUGAUAGGCCCUAUCUAUGGUGGUCUAGUGAGCCUUUGAGGCGCGCGGAACUCUACGAUCCGUAUACACAUCUAUUCAAUGCUUUGAUCUCACCGGUAAUGUUCGUGUACCUGGUUGUGAUAGCAAUCAACCUAGGCGUGUGCAUCAUACAGAUUGUUGAGAUUCACGACGACAUCGCUACUUUAGUAUCGAGCAUUUUGUUCGUGGUCGCCUGUUUAAUACAACUGCUCCUCUUCUACUGGUUCGCCAACGAAGUUACUAUAGAGAGUACCUUUGUAAGCUACAGUACUUUCGAAAGCGAUUGGCCUCAAGCGAAUAAUAAGUUGCAGAAAGAAAUAGCAUUGUUAGGACUCACUACUAAGAAGAUACUCGUCUUCAGAGCUGGACCUUUCAAUCAGAUGUCACUAACUACUUUUAUAGCAAUCUUAAGAGCCAGCUACAGUUUCUACACUCUAUUAAAUUCCACAAAUUAA